UAUUAAUGGAGUACAUUUCUUUGUUGUUGUUUGCUCUCAAGUUCCAUGGCUCCCCACGUAUCAGCUCUCCAACCCCUUUCUUUCUCACCCAAUCCUCUCAAUCUUCAACUCAAAACGCUUCGUUUCAACUCCAUCAAAUUCUCAACUCCUUCAUAUUCAUCUAACUCACUAUAUGGUGGAUGUAAAUGGAGCUUGAUUACUUGUUCUUCCUUAAAUGGGUCUGGACCCGACCCGAAUGAUGAUGGAGUGAAGAGCAUUGAUGAGCUUCUUGAGGAGAAAAGGCGCGCAGAAUUGUCUGCUCGGAUUGCUUCUGGGGAAUUCACAGUUAAACAAUCAAGCCUUCCUAUGAAAUUGAGGAACAAUCUGUCAAAAAUAGGAAUUCCUACACCAUUUCUGGAUUUUGCAUUCAGACCUUUUGAAGAAUAUGAGAAAUAUUCUCAGAUUCCCGUAGCAAAAGGACAAAUAGCAGCUAUUCAGAGCGAGGCCUUCUUUUUGCCUUUGUAUGAGCUCUAUCUCACUUAUGGUGGAAUAUUCAGGCUGGUUUUUGGGCCAAAGGCGUUUCUUAUUGUUUCUGAUCCUACAAUCGUAAAGCAUAUCUUGAAGGACAACUCUAAGGCUUACUCUAAGGGUAUCUUGGCAGAAAUUCUAGAUUUUGUGAUGGGGAAGGGACUCAUCCCUGCUGAUGGGGAGAUUUGGCGCAUCCGGAGACGUGCUAUAGUCCCUGCAUUACAUCAGAAGUUUGUGACUAAAAUGAUCGACCUCUUUAGCCAAGCUACUGAUAGGGUUUGCAAAAAGCUAGACACCGCCGCAUCAACUGGACAAGCAGUAGAAAUGGAAUCACUUUUUUCACAUCUAACACUAGAUAUUAUUGGAAAAGCAGUGUUUAAUUAUGAUUUUGAUUCUUUGUCCAACGAUACUGGAAUUGUUGAGGCUGUUUAUACUGUUUUGAGAGAGGCAGAAAACCGAAGUACUGCACCAAUACCUGUCUGGGAAAUACCCAUAUGGAAGGAUGUAUCCCCUAGACUGAAAAAAGUGAAUGCAGCACUCAAGUUGAUCAAUGAUACACUUGAUGAUCUGAUAGCAAUCUGCAAGAGGAUGGUAGAAGAGGAGGAGCUGCAAUUCCACGAGGAAUAUAUGAAUGAACAAGACCCUAGUAUUCUACAUUUUCUUUUGGCAUCAGGAGAUGAUGUUUCUAGCAAGCAACUUCGUGAUGACUUAAUGACACUCCUAAUUGCUGGUCAUGAAACAUCUGCAGCAGUACUAACAUGGACUUUCUAUCUCCUCUCUCAGAACCCAGGAGUAAUGUCAAAGCUUCAAAAUGAGGUUGAUACAGUUUUGGGAGAUAGGUUUCCAACAAUUCAAGAUUUAAAGAACCUUAAAUACACAGGUCGAGUGAUAAGCGAAUCUUUGAGGCUUUACCCACAACCACCUGUCUUAAUUCGUCGUUCUAUUGAAGAGGACACGCUUGGACCAUACCCAAUCAGAAAAGGUGAAGAUAUUUUCAUAUCCAUUUGGAACCUUCAUCGUAGCCCAAGUCUUUGGGAGGAUGCAGACAAAUUCAAUCCUGAAAGGUGGCCACUGGACGGGCCUGCACCAAAUGAGACUAACCAAAGCUUCAGAUAUCUGCCAUUUGGUGGAGGUCAGCGGAAGUGUAUAGGAGACAUGUUUGCUUCUUACGAGAAUGUAGUAGCACUAGCCAUGCUUGUUCAACGAUUUGACUUUGAGCUGGAUCCCGAAGCUCCACCUGUGAAGAUGACCACAGGAGCAACCAUCCACACAACAAAUGGGCUUAUGAUGAAGGUGAGGCAACGAACAAGACAUCCAGUUAAACCCACAAUCCCUAUUGUGGAGACUGCUCCUGCCAGCAUUGCUGAAGCUGCUAUGUCUAUAGAUCAAAAAGGGCAACUUUCCACUGCUCCUGCACAGAACUAGAAUAAAGAGGCAUAAGAGAAAAAGGCAACCUUUUCUUUGGACUCGCAUGGCAUGCUUAUCUUCCAACACAAGUAAGAAUCAACCUUGUCCUUCAUCUGCUUCAAUUUGAGCUAUGGUGCAAUCAAAGUGCUAAAAAUCGAGUAGGGGAGGUUCGCAAGCCCGUGAUUGAAAUUGUUGGCUGAUUAUGUUGUAAAUUGUGUUUCUUUUUUUAGAUUACUGUGAAGGUACGAGUAAUUACAAAUGAAACUCUCACAGGAAAAUUACAAAAAAAAAAAAAGAAACUCGGUAAUUCCAUGUGCCAAUAUAGUAAUAGAUAUGAUUCUAUUGAAAAAAAUCUUAAUUCAGUUAUGUAAAUUUUUGCCGACUA